AUGGCAGGACCCGUCGUGUUCAACUUCGCUAUCGACAACAUCAUGCGAGGACCAGUCGAUCAGUGUCCUGCCGACAUCGUCUUAGCACUAUCAGGGAGACCGGCAGAUCGCCUUGUUCAACGAGUUCUGAGGAAUUUUCGGGUUCAUGCUGGAAUUAGCCACCUGGCCGAAAACGGAUGUUCUGGACUGAGAAUAUGGAAUAGCGACAAAUGGAUUGAUUCUGUGCAAGCUCUCGCAGAAGAUCGAGAAGGCUUGGCAGAGCUGUGUUCAAGGAUGGCUCACCGAAGAUGCGGAACCACAAUGCUCGGCAUAGAUUUCUCUCCCAUGACUGAACCAUGGGAAAAGCGAAAACUGGUUAUCGGUGUGGUUUACCACUUUUUUGUCACGUAUUCUAUGGCGAUCUUUGGGUUCAUGCUGCCAUUUAUUUUGCUCUUCACUUUCCAAUGGCACAUCCUUCUACUUUAUGGGAUUUGGUACUACUACGACAGGGAUUCUCCAAAAAAGGGCGCGUAUCCCAGUGAAUGGGUGCAAAGGUGGACUGUACACAAGUGGUUUGCUGAGUACUUUCCCGUUAAGCUUCACAAGACAGUUGACCUUUCGCCAUCACAUAACUACCUCAUAGGCUGUCAUCCUCAUGGUAUCAUCGCUAUGGCUGUGUUCGCCAAUUUUGCGACCAAUGGCACAGACAAGAACCACAAGUUCCCUGGGAUUCGCUUCAGUGUGUGUACGCUGACCUCCAAUUUUAAAACAAUGAUACGCAGGGAGUUGUUGCUUCUUAUGGGAAUGAUUGAUGCUUCAAAAGAAAGCAUCGAAUACGUGCUCAAUAGCCCAGAGACUGGACGAGCUGUGGUGAUUGUAAUCGGAGGAGCAGAGGAAGCGCUGGACGCACAUCCAGGAUACCACAUGUUAACACUAAAAUCUAGGAAAGGUUUCAUCAAAGAAGCGGUUAAGACUGGCGCAUAUCUUGUGCCUGUGUACUCCUUUGGAGAGAACGAAGUCUUUGAGCAGGUGGAAAAUCCUAAAGGAUCGGCAGUUCGACGGUUUCAGUCGUGGGUCAAACGGUUCGGUGGAUAUUCUCUGCCGUUUUUCCAUGGGCGAGGGAUUUUCCAGCUCACUUUCGGUUACUUGCCAUUCCGUCGACCAAUCGACACUGUGGUUGGCGCCCCAAUACCUGUGGAAAGAACUGUGAACCCCAGCCAGCAACAAAUCGAUGAGCUUCACCAAAUUUACAUCGAGAAACUCGACGAGCUCUUCGAAAAACAUAAACAGCGGUUCGGAGUUCCAGCGGAAACUAAACUGGUCAUUCAAUGA